AUGGCGCAGGAGUCCAUUCGCGUGAUCUGCCGCAUGUUGGCACCCGAUGGCUCCGCGACGCCCGGGAUCCGUGUCAAAAACCGCCAGGUUGAAACCAUCGAACCGGCGGGCACGUACACGUUCGAUGGCCCAAUCGGGAUGCGAAACACUUCGCAGAAGGAAAUCUACGAGAUGCUGGCGCGCCGCGUGGUUGACGGGGUCACUAUCGGCUACAACGGCACGGUUUUCGCGUACGGGCAAACCGGGAGCGGUAAAACUCAUACAAUGGUCGGGCCUUCCGAAAUCGCCAACCUUGCCGAAAUAGCUGAGGAGGAUUGCGGCAUCAUCCCGCAGGCGAUCAAGCAGCUCUUCUCUUUCGUGCAGUUGAAAACAAAAGAGUUGGGAAGUGGCGCCUUCAACUCCUUGAUCGAAGUUCAGUAUCUGCAACUCUACCAGGAGGUGUGGUACGAUUUGCUGAAUGGGAACGAGUUGGUCAAGCCGCGUGGUGGCGUCAUCGCCGCCAGCCGGCACACAGUGAUUUGUGCUGCAGAUGCUCUGAAGUUGUUGCAAAACGGCUGGAGCUCCAGGCAAACCGCCGAGACGGCGAUGAAUCGCACCUCGAGUCGCUCGCACUGUGUCUUCGUCCUCGACCUGACAACCGAAAAUCUGAACGAUGAGCUCGUGCUGCGCAGCUCGGCACGGCUGAAUCUCGUCGAUCUGGCUGGAAGUGAGAGAGUCGCCCACACCGGCACUCAAUACGGCAGCGAACAGUUCAAGGAGGGUGUCGCAAUUAACCAGAGCUUAUCGGUACUCUCCAAUGUCAUCCGGCAACUAUCAAAGGGCGCGUCGUUUGUCAACUACCGCGAUUCGCAGCUGACACUGUUCCUCAAGGAUAGCCUGGCCGGAAGUGCGAGGACCGCCAUCCUAGUCACCGCUCGAAAUGAGAAAGACCAUAUUGCCAAUACGGUCUCUACGCUGAACUUCGCGAGCUGUUGCCGCAACAUCAAGAGCAAGCUUAACGCAAACGUCAAGGUCACUGGCGAGUCUGUGCUGGCUCUCAACAACAAGGUCAACCGUCUGAACCAGGAGCUUAUCAACCAGCGGACCACUAUCACCAACGAAAUGGAGCAACGGUACGCCCAGAUGUCUGAAGACUACAGGGUUCUCAAGGAAUCGCACGGCGCCCUUGAAAGAAGGCUGGCAGCGACGGACGAGAAGUGCCGAUUGCAGCAAGACAAAAUGGCCAUCUUCGCUUCGCCUGUUCGCAGACAAGCCGACACUCCGCAAGCAAAGCUCCGCCGCAGGACAAUGUUUGCUCCAGCGGACGUCGUUGAUCGAGCACAGGGCAACAGACUUCUCUCAUUCGACAACGAUGAGUACCCGGAGCACAUGCGAUAUGCGGAGAAUGCCGCUCGGAUGGAAGCUGACAACGAUAAGGACGACGCCGAAAUGUUGAACAACCAACUGCAGCAGAAACUUGAUGAACUUGAGACGGAACUCUGCCAACGCUCUUCGACCAUCACGGAGCUUCAGCAAAAGUGUGCCGCUGGCGAAGAACAACACCGCGCAGAACUCGAAGCCCUGCAGAAGAACAUGAGCCGGGCCGCGGAGGAAGCCAAUGAAGCCAAGGCAAACGCGGAUCGCUUGAAAACCGAGUGGGCCACAUAUCGCCUCACUGCGGGCCGCGACUUGGAUCAUCUUCGUGAUCAGAACAAGGCGGCCAUGCAAAGGAUCGAAGAAAUGGAAGAGGAGCGUGAGGAGCUGCGCGUGGCCAAGGAACGCCUUGAAGCGUCCCUUCACAAAGCCAACGAAAACGCCCAGAAGUCUCUUGACGAGGAGCGCAAGCACCACAAGAUGAAGCUCGAGGAAUUGAUCAAGUCGCACGAAGCGGAGUUGAAGAAGGAGCGGGCGCGUCUCGACAAGAUGGAAGAACUUCAUCGCAAGACAAUCCAAGGCCUAGAACUGAACUUGAAGCGACAAAUCGAUGAGAAGGAUGCCGCCGGAAAGAGGCAGACCAUCGACUUCCAGAACGAAGCCAACAUCUUUCGAGAUCGGGUCGAGAAUCUCGAGACGCAGCUCACCGAAGUGAAGAAACAGCUCGUCGACAACAAAAACGCCCAGUCGAGGGCUCAAGAUGACCUGAAGGCGAAGCUAGACGAGAUUGCCGAAGAGCGCGACCAGUACGAGCAGCAGUACCGGGAGAAGGAAGGCGAAGCGCUGGCAGAGAAAUCUCGUGCCGAUGAGCUCAAGGCGCUGCUCGAUGUCUCGGAACACGGGCAUCGUGCGGCCGUGAAGGAAUGUGAGGAAUGGCGAAAGAAGGUCGUGGAACAAGUCGGGCAUUCCAACCCGAACCAGAAGAUCUCGAUGAUGCAAAAGAUGAACGACGAGCUCGGUGUGCUGAAGAGAAAGUUUGCCGCAACGACUGCCGCCUUAGACAGGGCGAACAAGGUGCUGCUCGACAACGCGCUCCCCAUCGUGCGAGUCCCUCGCUCGUGCAACAACAAGGAAAACGUGCCACCUUCGUUGCUACGCGCGCCGAAUUUGAAAAUGACGGACGAUGAUGUCUGGGACGACUUUCGUCUAGAUGCUGCUGAUGAGCCGCCGACCAAUGCUGAGGUCGGGUACGAUGGGCCGACGACCGACAUUUCUGCUCCAGGCUUCGAAGCUAACCCAGCUGGUGAGGAUAACCGGAACGAAUUUUUGGCGGCCGAUCAAACCCAGCUACCGAUGUCGGUCGAUCUGGGUGAAGACUUUUCAAUGGACCAAGACGAUAAGGCCAGCUGCGAUUCCGAUAUCGCUCACCUCAUCGAGUUAUCGCAACUGCGCUCGAGGGCCGAGUCGGAGGAACGCCUGGUGGCGACUCCGCCUGCCAAAUCACGCUCUUAUCCUGCACUACCAGCCGAGGAGCCCGUCGUCGCGUUUACCGCCGAUGCUAACGAAAUUGUGGACCUUGGCUAUGACCCCUACGCGGAUAUGGAUGGCAGUGACGAGGGAUAUCACAUCCCAAUCGACGGCUACGGCCACAAUGCAAUCGGAGGCCGCGACACUGAAGAUGGCAGCUCGACCCCAUCGCUGGCCGGAGAAAAACCCCUCGGCGAUGAGGAGAUUUUCUUGCCCAACACGCCGCGCUACGAUUUAUUGACGCCUGGUCAUACCUCUGAUAGCCAGAGCUCCAUCGAACGCGAUUCCAUAGACCCGCAAGCUUACUAUCGAGGAAUGGCACCGGUCGACGGUCGUCCGGCAGAAACUACGACCGAGGCUCAAUGGGCUGGCCACAUCCCCACCGCACAGCUUGUUCACCUACAACAGAUGGCACCUCAAGGAUACGGCAACCGAUGCCCAUCCACAGACUACAAAGAAGAAGUGAACCAGCAACCAUGCGCCGGAUCAAAGGAGAUUUCGAAUCCUGAAUCGACCCCAACCGAGCCGAACCCAGCUCCUCAAUUCGCCGCGGCAAACACUAUCGUCGGCAACCAAGACAUUUUUCUUAAUCAGCAGCCCGAUUACGACGAUGACGACAAUGACGGCCCGCCUGCACAGAAGCCUGCGGUCAGUGGAUUUGCCUCCAGCUUCUGCAGGAACUUGGAUCUCGCUUCGACGCCGUCUCUACAAUCCACGGCUCAAAAGCCACCCUCGGAGAGCGGGACGGCGAGCAGUGCCGGGAUUCCCGUCGCCUUGCGACCGCUGGGUGCAGAAGACGUUCAACCAAGGAGUGCCUUCAUUUCCGGAUUCCCCGCCGACAUCCCAUCGCCGGCGCCUGUUAUCCCGUCAAUUGUUCCGGUGAAUAUGGCGUCGCCAGCAAAAGACGCCGGAACAACGUUCGCUACGAAAUGGCUAACCCAACAGCAGCCCGCAAGCCCAGCCGCGGCCGUGUUUCAGAAUUUGCAAGGCAACGAACGCCCAUGGCAAGCACUCAACAAACAGCCCGCCCCUCAACACGCUCCCCUCAUCAAGGCCCCAGCUCAGCCCGUCACCCCGGCCGCGUCGGAACAGCCUCAACAAUCUGCUCCCGCACCCGAUGCGCUGGUUUUUCGAAAUUAUUUGGCUGGCGGCGCCAAACCAGUCUCGAGGCCGUCGGCGCUAUAUGAGAUGAUGGCUGGUUGCGGGCUGCCAAAGGAGGUCCCGAAAUGGCAGCAACCGGAGAAGAAGGACACCAGCCCGGUCUUCAACAAGAAUCUGGAUCUUCCAGAGUUGAGCGACAGUGAAUUCGAGGGCCAGGAAGACGGUGAUGAGCCAGAGACCGAUGAUGAAUUUACUCCGUUCAAAAAUUCGAAGGAACGCACCAAAAACAACCUCCGAGUAUGGUUUCAAAAGGGCCCGACCAUGCCGUCUUCCGCCCCGGUCACCGCCGAUGUCUCCGUUGGCGAACCUCGUCUCGUUGACAGCUCGCUUCACAUAUACACGUCAACCGACUGGAAGACGGGCGUGUGGGUGAAAUCGGUGGAUAAAGGAGGCAAGCAGCGAGAGUUGGUCAUCUACCAGCGCAAUCGCCCCGAAUCGGUGCAGCUGCUGACGACCGAGUACGGCUUUUUCACAAAGCGCAAGAUCUACUGGAGGCGGACCAAUGAUGAAAGGAUUGAGAUGCACGUUUGCCCAGCACCCUCACCACUCAACCAUUCCUUCCAAAUCAACCCUCAGCGCUGUUUCAGCAUCUAUGUUGUCGGCGUUUUUGGGAUGUACGACCUGGAGAAGUGGGCCAUCUACCUGAAGGACGACGGCGAGAGCCCGUUGAGGCACGAGAAAUUUAUCAUCUGGACAGAUGAGUUCGGGAUCCUGCGACCGACAUUCGAGUCCAUCCGUAGCUUCCACAAUACGAUGAUGGCGUCGUUAUGCCCUCUGCAGCUAUGUUCACUGCAAAUCCGCGUGGAUUUCCGUCGUAAUGGCGCCGACGAGGUGCUCGUCUUUUCAGAGCCGUCAAUCAUAAAUUUCAACGCUAUGAGUAAGCGUCUGACGGUGCACACCUCGUUGCCGCGUGAUGUCCAGCGCCAUCGUAACCUCAGAUUCGACUGUCUGCGCUUUGAGCCGCCGGCCAGUGGUGCCCCGAAUGAGCCACUGUACUAUUUCAACAGCCGUGCCUCGCCGGACCUCGAGUUUGUGUGCGUCAGGAACCUGGCCAGUCCAGAUAUGGAUCAAUUACUUCUCGACGGGCAUCCGCGCUUCCAUGGUCUCUUCUAUCCGGAUGGUCAGGCCGUACAACCCGGCAAACGCCUUCGAAUGCGUGGACUGAUUGUGGGAGCGAAAGACUGGAUCAUGAAGGUGUCGGAGGGGCAACUCGUCGAACAAUACCGAUUGCACGAGGAAUUGGUGGCCAGUCGACGGAUCGCUUUUGGCGACGAUGCUGACGACGCCCGCUGC